AUGAGUGACAUAAUUAAACUUGUCGGCCAGCAGGUGGCGGAUAGCAUAGUCGCACACCUCAGUCCAGCACAUAGUACGCCAACACCCAGCACCCCAGUUGUGCACAGUGCUCCCACCACCCACGGUUCUGCACACAACCUUGACCUGUCACAAGUCCAACUGGUGCCUCACAGGAAGCUGAAGGAGCCCCCAACCUUCGUAGGUGAUGUCACAGACGCUGUGGAUGUUCAUGGAUGGGAGGACCUGAUGAAGGAUUACAUAAAGAGGGCGAACAUUAGACCAGAGCAGCAGGCUGAGGAAAUACUCAUUCAUCUCAGAGGUCGAGCUAAAGAUGUUGUGAAGUUUGGUUUGAGAAACAGUGGUGUUGAUAUGACUCUAAACCCAGAUGCCAUUUAUGCUCUCCUCCGUAAGCAUUUUGCUGCUGUGCCCUACUCUCCUCUCCCCCUAGCAGACUUUUACACCACACUGCCAAGAGAGAAUGAGGAUGCGUACGACUACUGGCUGAGGCUCAACCAGGCUGCAGAUGUUGCUGCUGACCGCCUCAAGGAACAGGGUAAGGAGCUGCACUGCCCCAGUCUUGAAGUGACGCGCAUGUUUAUCAAGAACUGCCCAUCCAAGGAGCUCGCCAUGACCUUCAGGUCGAAAACAAUUGACAAGUGGACUGCAGUGGAGGUUCAAGAUGUGCUGGAUGAGUUUCACGCGGGGAGGGGUUUGAGAGGUGCUACUGCUGCCACUGUGAGUAGAAUGCCCAGUGAGAAUGUGCAUGUGAAUAAAGUCGAGAUGCUUCACACUGCAGCACCUCCGCCUGACUCUAGAGACUCUCCCACACCCAGGUCAUCUGAUUUGGCUGCUCUUGAACGUGUAGUUAACAUGCUGGAGAAAGUUCUGCUGGAGAAGUCUGCUCCAAACUACGCUAAUGCUCCCAGACAGGCCAGACCCAGACCUCCUAGGAUUGAGGGUCUGAAUGCCCUGCCGUGUGCUACGCCGCUGUCCCGUGCAGUCAUCGUCCACUCCAUCUGCGCAGCUGGAAAACUAAUGGAUCUGCACCCAGGGGAGGACGGUGUGGAUCCUGUUGGUGUCCCUCCCACAAGUGAUACUGAGGACUUUGAGUCAGUCUUUGAGUCAGUUUGUUCAAGCAUGCCUCCAAUCGAGGAUCUGUCUCCACCUGACCAAAUCCAAGGUCACUCUCAGUCCAUCACAGAUCCUGCGACUCCGAGGUCCAAAGAGGAUGUCAGACGUGUGUUGGACAAGCUGGGUCUGCCUGAUCUGGACUUGGACUCGUGCGCCGUCUCGGACCUCUGGAGGGAUAAGCUUCUACAGAUCAUCGAGAGACAUGAAUCUAUCUUCUCACGACACAAGAUGGAUUGCGGAGAGGCGUCUGAUUUUGUGCACAAGAUACAUCUGGUGGAUGAGAGGCCGUUCCGGCUGCCUUACCGCAGGGUAGCACCGAGCCACUAUGAGAAGUUGAGAACAGCGCUCAAUGAGAUGGAGGAAAGAGGGAUCAUUCGCAAAUCAACCAGUGAGCCGAUGCGCUUGCUGCGCUCGGGGGAAAUGUCCUCUUUUCCACCAUGGACCUCACCUCGGGUUUUUACAAUGUGCCCUCUGCAUGAAGACCACAAGAAAUACACAGCCUUCUCAUCACCGUUUGGCCUGCAUGAAUACAACCGGAUGCCUCAGGGUCUGUCGAACAGCCCAGCUACAUUCAUGCGCAUGAUGCUUUCUAUUUUUGGAGAUGAGAAUUUCACCAGUCUUUUGUGCUAUUUGGACGAUCUCAUGGUUUUUGGGCCCACUGAAGAGAUAGCACUCCAGCGCUUGGAGAUGGUGUUUUCUCGCUUGAAGAAUCAUAACCUCAAGCUGGCGCCGAAAAAGUGCCACUUCUUGCGGAGAUCCGUGAAGUUUCUCGGGCACGUCGUUUCUGGAUCGGGCGUGCAGACAGAUCCUGGAAAAGUUGACGCUAUUACCCAAGUGAAGGUGUCUGAUCUCAUGGACAGUGAUGGUGUCACUCCUUCACAGAAGAAGAUCCGUUCAUUCUUGGGGAUGGUGCUGUAUUAUCAGCAUUUCAUUGAGGAUUGCUCCACUAAAGCCAGGCCCCUGUUUAAGCUACUCUCAGAACAGAAGACUGUGGGGAAAUCCCGGCACAGGAGGAUGUCUGACAGAAAGCGCUCUACUCAAGUGAAACUCUCAGCAGAUGACUGGACGUCUGAGUGUCAGACUGCCUUUGACACUCUAAAAAAUGAUCUGUCUCACAGCGCAACCCUAGCUCAUCCUGAUUUCGAGAGGGCCUUCAUUCUCGCUGUGGACGCUUCGUUUGACGGGAUUGGAGCUGUCCUAUCGCAGAUUCAGCCUGGUGAGAAAGUGGCUAGACCAGUUGCUUUCGCUAGCAGAACACUGUCAAAAUCCCAGUUGAACUAUCCAGCUCACAGGCUUGAAUUCCUCGCCUUAAAGUGGGCCAUAUGUGACAAGUUCUCACAUUGGCUAAAAGGGAGACAUUUCACUGCAUGGUCUGAUAACAACCCGUUGACCUAUAUCCUGACGAAGCCCAGGUUGGACGCCUGUGAACAAAGAUGGGUAGCAAAGUUAGCGGCAUAUGACUUUGAUCUGAAAUAUGUUCCAGGGUCCAAGAACACCGUCGCUGACGCCCUGAGCCGUGAACCCUUCGUCCAGUCCAGCAUAGGUCAUCGUCUGAUUAAAGAGCCCUACCUGUCCUUGUUGGAUGAAGUCAAUGGAGUUGUCACUGGGACAGUGCAAGACGCCUUCCGACUAACCACCAACUGCCAGGCUGUUCAGACUGCUGCUGAAUCCACAGGUGAGGGUCACAGUCCAGCGCAGCCUGGAGGCGCCAUCGGUGCUGAGGAGGUGUCAGCCAUCCUGGAUGCUCACUGCGCUGGUGGCAUUUCCCAUCUGUCCGGUGCAAAUCCAUCCUUGUUGCAGUUACCUGACGAAGACCCGUCCAUUGUUAUUCCACGCAGUCAGUUACACAACCUGCAGCAACAAGAUGCUACUGUGAACAGAGCACUCUUCUAUGUUCAGCGACAUAGGAAACCAAAUGCACAUGAGAGGGCGGCUGAGUCGAGCUGUGUGCUCCGGCUUUUGAAACAUUGGGAGAGAUUAAAAGUGUGUAAUGGGAUUCUCUACAGAGUCAAGAGGGACCAUCGCAUGAACAAAAAGAUCUUUCAGGUUGUCAUACCUGAGUCCCUGAAACAUCAAGUCCUCCACGGUGUUCAUGAUGCAGCCGGCCACCAGGGCCGUUCAAGAACUCUCUCCCUGGCCAGUGAGAGAUUCUUCUGGACCGGCAUGGGAAAAGAUGUUGUGGCACAUGUGAAGCACUGCCAGAGGUGCAUUCUGGGAAAAACCCCUGAGCCAGCUGCCAGUGCCCCUCUUGAGAAUAUCCGCACCUCAGCUCCUAUGGAGCUAGUCUGCAUUGAUUUUUGGACGGCAGAGUCAGGUGACAAGAAGACCACUGAUGUUCUUGUGGUUACAGACCAUUUCUCAAAAUUAGCACUGGCUUUUCCCUGUAGAAACCAAUCUGCAAAGCAAGUUGCCCGCUGCUUGUGGGACAAGUUCUUCUGCAUUUACGGAUUCCCCAAGCGAAUCCACUCUGACCAGGGUGCUAAUUUUGAGAGCAGGCUCAUCAGAGACCUUCUCGAAAUGGCAGGUGUACAUAAAUCUCACACGACUCCGUACCACCCCAUGGGCAAUGGUAUCACAGAAAGAUUUAACAGAACCCUUGGUGGCAUGAUAAGGACUCUUUCCCCGAAGUACAAGUGUAAAUGGCCGCAAAUGCUCCAGAUGUUAACUUUCAGCUACAACUGCACAGUGCAUGAGACCACGGGCUUCGCGCCAUUUUACUUGAUGUUUGGGCGCAUCCCACGCUUGCCGGUUGAUGUUAUGUUCCAUCAUGUCCUGGAGAAUGUCAGUGUUGUCAGCCACCAUGAGUUUGUGGAUCAUCUGAGGAGGGAUCUUUCUGAGGCUGCACAGAUUGCUCGACAGCAUGCCCAUGAUGAGCAGAAUCGUCAUGCUAAAAUCUACAACCGCAAGGUCAAAGGGUCGCCGCUGGCUGUAGGUGACAGAGUGCUGCUGGCCAAUCGAGGUGAAAAGGGCAAGAAAAAGGUCGCAGACCGGUGGGAUUCAACCCCUUUUGAUGUGGUGUCUGUCAAACCUGAAAUACACGUGUACAGGAUCCGAGAUGCUGCUACAGGAAAGGAGAAGGUUGUGCACAGGAACAUGUUGCUUCCUGUAGACUUCCUGUCAUUCCCUGAGCCGCCUGGCUCACAGGCAGUCUCUGGUGAGCCACAGUCCGCAGUGUCAUGUCAGAGCGACCGGUGUUGUGUUGUGGAUGGCCGGGAGGCUGCUCAAUCACGCACUAUGGAUUGGCUCAUGCAGUCCCCAGACCAGGUUGAGGAGGAGAAUGGGAGUGUUUCGAGUAGUGAUGGCAUCAGCAACGCCUCACUCGUGGUUGCUGUGGACACAAGCAAGUCAGGGGAGCUGCCAAACUGUACCACUGAAGACCUUGUGCAGCACACAUCUCCCAACACUGCUGCACAGAACUCAGUCUCAGACCCAGUGCAUGACACGAGUCACUUCCCUACUGAUGUGCCCAUUGCUAUGAGUGACUCUCUCAGUCCAGAUGAGGUUGAGCUAGAAGAAGUGGUGUGCACACAUCCAGUCAUUACACAGACCCCUCCAGCUUUCUCACGGUGUGGAAGAGCCAUUAAACAUCCAAAUAGGUUGAUUUGUGAGAUGUUGGGCCAGAGAUUUGUGGGGAAUACUGAUACGCACCUGUCAAUCUGUGUGUAAUUUAACUGCUGAGGUUUCUGUGACUACCAGUCACUUGAAUUUAUUUUCUUUCAUUUAAUGUGAUCUAAAGAUGUGUGUAAUACACUAAAAAGAGCAAAGACAUGUACAAUGUAAUGAGAUGUAAAAGGCAUCUCUGGUUGUCUGUGAUAUGUACAGGUUUUGGUACCUCCCUGUGCCUACGCACUUCUAAUGGUAGAAUUUCUGAUAUUGACUUUUUCGUACAUCACUGCUCGGGAUACACAGUAUUUUUUAUUUUUUUAAAUUAUUUUUUUUCUCUCUCUCUCUCUUUCUUAUUGAGCAUAUGUUUUUGUUUUGCUCUUGGUGUUUCCGAUCUGUGUUGCCCCUAUUUGGCAUAAUUUAAGGGGGGUGUAUGUAACGGAGCAGAAGAGCUCAGGUUAAAUUAUGUGAAACCAGGCGCAACACCGCCACCUACUGACGUAGUGGGUACGUGGGGUGGGGAACGCCACAGCGGCGAGAGGAUUUAUAUGGAUCAUAAUUGUCCCGCGAGACUGCUGUUUACCCACGCCGCUGCUGUGUCGUCUGCUGUGUUGCAGG